AUGAUUACUUUAGGUAAUUAUAUCAUUGAGGUGGGUCCAAUAGUUCCAACACAAAAUCUUGCAGCAAAAUAUAAAGAAAUUAAAGGGAGUACGGCAAAACGUAUUACAUCUUCAAGUAUGCUUCGGUUAAUGGCUAAACAUUUAAACGUCGCUCAAAUAUAUAUUAAUGGUACAGGCUAUAUUUUGGAGAAUCCCGGGAAGGAAAUGCUCGAUUUGUUUGGAUGCUUGGAAAAUAUAAAACAGAAAGUUGAGAAAGUCGUUGGUGAUGACUUUGGCAUAAUAUGCGAGUAUCUGGACAGCAAACGCGAUAGGGAUACAUUAAAAGCUAUAUUAACACAAUUAACCAGUUCAACAUUUAUGGCGAAGUUGGCAAAUGUUCAAGAUAAACGUGCUUUUCAGCGUGCAAAACAUCGAGUUACUGCGAACAUCCAGGCUUUUAAAGAAAUGAAGAAGGAAGUGGAAGAAAGUGUGGAAUUGAUGGGUGAAGCUGGAAGAAGAAAGAAGUACAGACUUCUUCAGAAGAUGAAACUCGAAAAGCUUCGUCAUGUCUUUGAAGGUAGGGGGAGAAUGCUAAAAUGCGAAGAAUUUCCUGAUUUGGCAGCAGUCAUGGAAUACGCAUUCGGUGAAUCUGAUCGUAUUGAAAGAGGUGGUGGUGGCUUGGAAAGUCACCCUAGAUUGACUGAUACUGUUCUAUAUCGUGCAGCGGACAGUAACACAAUCAUGAAAGACGCAAGGGAGACUGUGUUAGCUUUAGCACCAAAUGAAUUUGACAUAAGCCUUUCUUCGUGCUUUAAUUAUACACAAAAUUACAAAGAAGGCACUUACCAAGCGACGCGUCAUCACUCCGGUAGAGGAAUAAAUGCAUGCAUUUCCCUCCAUAAACCUCCUCGCAUCGGUGUCGAGAAAUUUGUUGUUAACCUUCGAUGGUCGUCUCAGAAUGUAAAUAUUUCCAUGGAUUUUGCACACUUACACUCGGACAACGUCAUGAUUGAUUCUAAAGAUGCAAAAGCCAAAGUCCAGGCAGAUGUUUCACCCGUACAGAAACCUGGGAAAACCUGGAAAAAAAUUACUCUUCCCGAUCAUGAUUGGAGUGCAGCAGCCCAUAACUCUGUUACUCCAAUGACACAUUUAUUCAUGGAGACGGAAAUGAACCUUGACGAUUCAACUGACGCAGAGCAGCAUUACACAGUUACAAGAACUGGUACAGCAGCAAUAUUAAUAAAUUUAUCACACUUCGAACCAGAAACUGUUCAGAGAGCUUUUAACGAAAUAUUUUUACUUUUGGCAAAUCCUGCAUUGGAUCAAUAUUUCCGUAAUCCUGAAACGGGAAAAUUAAAGGAACAUUUUAUUUUCGUGGUCGAUAAUGGUCCAUCUGAAGCACCUUCACACCCUAUGGUAAAAAUGUGGUUGGCCCGUAUGCUCUUGGUCCUGCAGCUAAAGUCGAUUACCCAGAAGUCGUUUGCAGAAUACCACAGCAAACGAAAUCCAGUGGAGCGAGUUCACUCUGUGGAGAACCGUGCCUUAUCCAAUGAAGUUUUUACAAGUACGGGUGUGCAUAAAGAAUACGAAAAAGGUGAUCAGCAGCACCUAGAAAAUAUGGAAUUUAUGGUGGGAGAAGUUGUAAAGUGUUUACAGAAGGCACAAUAUGGUGGAAAGCCAAUAUCAAGUCAGCGUGGUAUUGGCAAUGAAGAUAAUUUUGUUUUCGAUGACGAAAUUAAACUUUUAAACUUUCUGAGUCGCAGUGAGAAACUAAAGAACGAGAACAACGAACACUAUUCACCUAAGAAGAACAAUCUUUGGCAGGAAGUAGCGUUAAUCUGGAAUUUAAAUGUGGAUUUCAUUGGAUGCUACCGAGAAGACUACCAAAGACUCGAAAAUACAUUUGAUGAAGAGGGAGAGCAAACUUGCUGGGCAAGCAAAUAUGCAACAAUCAUUGCAAACCCAGAUAUUUUAGACGAGUACAAAGAACUUUUGGUCGCUCAACCAAUACCUGACUACGUGAGGUGGUAUAACACUGGAGGGGAACUUCAUUAUAUUCCAUUGGAAAAACUACUUGAUUUAAAUACUAACGUCAUUGAUUCUACACCAGCUGCAUUUCUCCCCUCAAACAUUUUGGACAUAUGUUUUAAAAUAUUUAAACACGACGUUGAAAGCAUUAUACCUAGCAUUGCAUUGCUCAGUUGGUGUACAGAAGAUGAAGUAAAACAACACUUCGCUGAUUUUUCGUACAAACUGGACAAAUCGUUGAAAAUGAUAAAGAACGGGAAUUUUGGAGGCAUCAAGACCUUUAUAAGACUAAAGACAAAGCAUCAUUAA